ACGCUGUGGGACAUCGCUCCAUGAAAACCGCACGGACAUCGGUAACUCAUCCCACGGCAGGAAUGGGUGUGGUCUACAUGUUAUUAUCCUGUAUCUCGGGAGUCUCUCUACUACCCAGUUGUACGGACAUGUACCUGAAGCAGAGGUAGGAGAAGCCAGUGUCCUCAUGCGGUGCAAGGGAAGCAAUCUGACACUAAACGAGCCAGACCUCGGAGUUACCGUUCUUCACGUUUUUGUCUCUCGCGGGGGAGAGUCGCUGGCAAGUUCGUCGGUACCGGCCACUGGGCAGUUCCAGGACCGACUGAUCGUGGAAGAUGAUGGAAGAGUCACUCUCAGCAGUCUGACUCCAGACGACCUCGGGAAAUAUCGCGUGGAGAUCCAACAGCCCGAAGACAGACAUAUCCAGCGCAGCCUGAGAUUAGUGAUCAGCGAGCCUCCCGAGACUAUUGACGGAACCCUAGCCGUUAACAAACUUUUGUCACCAACAAACAACUCUGUACGUCUGACAUGCGGCAACUUUACAUCUCUGGGAUUUCCCCGGGUCUCUGUUCUAUGGAAGGAUACACGUGGUAACAUAUUACCCAGUGACGGAUUCGAAGACAGAUCUUCUACCUGGAUUUACCUUUGAGUAGUGCGGUAUUCCGGCGACUACUGUUGUCACUGGA